AUGAUUAUAAGUUGUCAAAAUUACAAGAUUUACAGAAUAAGAAUUAACCAAAUGAAGGAAGCAAACAUUCAAACUAUAUAUGAUUACAAAGAACCAGAGAGAUUUUAUUAGGCACAAAAAAUUGAGAAGAUGAUACUUUACAAAGACAGAUAUUUGCUGUUUUAAAAUAUUCAUAUGAAGUUAGUUGCUUUCGACUUGCUCUUAAAUAGUCAGAUAUUUGAAAAGGAGAUACCUAAAUAUCAUGACAUUGAUGAUAUAAAUGAACCAAGAGGUCAUUCAAUUUUACUAGCCUAUUCAGAUGACUUAGACUCAAAGUCUAUUAUAGGUUAUUUCGACUGA